CCCUCUCCUGCACUCCCAAAAUGCUUGGGGGGCUGUCUCUGGGGCCCCUUCCCUCCCUCCACCUCCCUCCUUCUGCCCCUCCCCAGGAGGCCUUGGCCGACCUGGGCACCAGGCUGCACCUCACGGCCAAGGCCAAGGAGGGGCUGGCGCUGUGCACCCACACGCUCCCCGCCCAGGAGGCCGCCUGCCUGCUCCUGAUCCAGACCCUCCAGCGGGAGCACCGAGGCCUCCUCCGGGGACAGCCGGACCCCUCCUCCCCAGGAAGCAGCAGCAGCAGCAGCAGCAGCAGCAGCAGCAGCGAGGAGGAAGACUUUGGGGUAACAAGCCUCCCUCACACUCCUUUCUCCCCUUCCCGAGUCACCCGGGAGCCAGUCAGGAUCGAACUCUCGGCGGUGGGCAGAAUUAGGCUGCAAUGCCCUGUUCUGACCACUUGCGCCACCAGUGGCUCUCCCAGGGAGGCACCUCCCUUAAAGGGGAUGGACAGCGCCUUGAAUUGGACCCGGAAGCAAAUCGCAAGGAGCCCAGCUGCUUUCUCCUCUGCCGACAUUCAGGCCCGGGUGCCCGACGGAGCUCCCUACAGGCCGCUUCCGGCUGCACCCAACACCGCGGAGGGAAGACCGGACCGGAGGAAGCCGGAAGCCCCGGUGCUCUCAGUCCUGGAGACUUUGGCUCGGAUCCGGGUGCUGAAGGAACGUCUGGAGGGCCUUUGGGUUGCCCUGGAGGAGAAGAGCCAGGACUGCAGGGCCCAGGAGGCCCAGGAGCUGGAGCUCAUGCAGGACUUCUUCCAAGCCCAUAGCACCCUCCUCCUUGCCUACCAGAAGGCCCGCCAGAAGCAGGAGAGCCAGGUGGGGCAACUGGAGACGCAGGUGGGGCUGAUGACCAGGCGCCAGGCCAAGCAGCGCCGGGCCCUCCUGCAAACCCUCCAGCAGCUGCAGCAGCCCCCUGGGCCAGCCCCUGGGCCCAGGGAGAGCCCCCUGGAGCCUCCCGGGGAUUUGGGGGUCCCCUCUUCUUUCUGGAGCAGAAA